AUGUCGAGAACGCAUCUACGCUUGUGCGUUGGGCCUGUGCUUCAUACCACUCCUUCUGGGCGCCUUCCCGGUCCGAGUAACGACGGCACCACUGGCGGCAACAAAGAUACGGGGCGAGGGAGCGCGAGUCUUGCAGUCCCGUCGGCGGAGAUAGAGGGAUCGGCGACAGGGGGAAACCACGGAGGCGAUCCCCGCGCCGAGCAUGCCGUAACCAAGGAGUCCGAGGCGGCGGCAUCGCAACACCAUCUGACGCUGCUCCAGCCGACCGUGGUCGAAGAUUCUGCAGCCGUGCUGGAUAAGGACAAGGUGGGGGAGCACGAGUCGGAGGGGCAGGUCGGUGGCUCUCCGCCUUCUGGUGGACGGGGGAGGCGUAGGCAGAGGAGGAGCGAUGGGGAGGACGAUUAUGACACCGCUGUGCCCGGGGACCUCACCACGCGGGCGAAGAGUCGGCAGACGACAGGCAGUGCUGACGACGCCGGAGGCGCGGAAGUUGGGACAACGCGAGGCGCCAAGGAAGCUAGUGGCAAGGCAGGCGGUCAAGCAUUGCGCCAGAAGGGCCGACCCGCAGCAAGAAAAACAUCCGGCGGAAGGAGAGGCAAGAAAGCAAUGACGGGGACGAGGCAAAAACGGGGCGAUGAACACCCUGGUGAUGCGGAGGAGGAGGAAGAUGAGGAGGAGGAUGCGGAGGAAGAGGAGGAUGAAGAGGAUGCGGAGGAGGAUGACGGGGAUGUUGGGGAGGAUGAAAAAGAUGAGAAUGAUGGCGGGAAGGACGAAGAGGAGGGUGAGGAUGAGGAGGAGGAGGAGGAGGAGGAGGAGGAAGAGGAGGAGGAGGAGGAUGAGGAGGAGAAGGAGGAGGAGGAGGAGGAGGAGGAGGAGGAGGAGGAGGAGGAGGAGGAGGAGGAGGAGGAGGAGGAACAAGGUGACGACGAGGAGGAUGAGGAGGAGGAGGAGGCAGCAGAGGAGGAGGAGGAGGAGGAGGAGGAGGAGGAGGAGGAGGAGGAGGAGGAGGAGGAGGAGGAUGUGGCGCCAGUGAAGGGAUGGGGCGGGCGUGGCAGACGGAUGAGUGGUACAGGGAAGGUGGGGGGCCGGACUCGCCCUUCCCGAAAACGCGGGGCAAUUAACGCCGCGCGCGGCGAAGCAGCGGGCAAAUAG